AUAAGGACCUGCGUAGAAUUAUUUUCUGGAUGUCGUGGGCGCCGUUUUCAACACUUUGUAUUGUGGACGAACUUUCAACGAUCUCCUCAACUUCUCUUCACAAACAGUGGGCGGGCUUUUCAGAGCUUAAACUCUUUACAUAAGACCUGAAAGCAUAAAUUUAUCUGCAGCAUUAAAGAUUGUGAAGAGAGCAGAAAGCAGUUCAAUAAUGGGGUUUUCUCGGUUCCUGAAAAAUUUGUUCAAUUGCGCAAAACCUGAACGAAAGAGUUCUUCUAGUACGGAGAACAGAGUUCCGGAGAUAUCUGUUUCGAAUCCCGAGUCAUUAUUGCCGUCAAAGAAGGAGCUUGAAGUCGUCUUCAAAACAUUUGACAUCAAUGGCGACGGAAAGAUUUCGUGGUCGGAGGUCGGCGAGGUUAUAAGCUAUUUUGGGGGAAAAGCCACAGAAGAAGAGCUUCAGCUCAUGGUGAAGGCAGGGGAUCUUAAUGGCGACGGUCUUCUUGAUUUUUCGGAAUUCAUGGAUUUGAACACAAAAGACAUCGAUCUUGACAGGGUUUUGCGGGACAUGGAAAAAGCCUUUGAUCUUUUUGAUCUGGACGGCAAUGGAUCCAUUUCUGCAGAUGAAUUGCAGAGAUUUUUUAGAAAUCUUGGGGAGAAAUACAGCUUGGAUGAGUGCCAGAGGAUGAUUGAUGGCGUUGAUUGUGACGGAGACGGGUCUGUCAAUUUUCAGGAAUUUAUGAUCAUGAUGACCAAGCCGUCAGGCCUAGGAGAAUAAAAUAUAUUUUUUUGUUCUGUUGAAGGUGCAAUCCUGUGAUGCUAGCUGCUCUGGUUGUCCAGUGAGGUGGGCCUACGAGUUUCGAUCGGAUAAUGUUUCUGAUCUUUAUGGCCGAUAAGGAAAAGCUUACGUGGCGCCUGUGUAUUUUUGCUGUGGUCUCCACGUAGAUAAAUGAGCAAAUUGAUCACUACGUGGAUAUGUAAAUAGAUGUUGAUGUAUUUUCCCAAAUUGUAGAUCUCGACUUUUAAAAAUUAUAGA